UCAAGCAAUUGCAAUGGUGAACGAGAGAGCAGAGGACCGAGUCAGGUCUCUCGCGAAAGUGAUUUUGUUAUCCAUUCCAUUAUGUAUUCAGAUCAUCAGCUCCGCCCUUCCCUCAAAUCCAUGGCUACGGAAGAAUCUCUGUACUCUGAUCGAUUCAGCCCCUGAUUCAACGGAUUCUCCAGAGGGAUAAAAUAACGAAGUGAACUGAGGAAUUUGCCCUUCUGCUGAAAGAAGAUUGUUCGCUGUAGUGGCUGAUUUUGUGUUCUUUCAGAAGUCGAUAGAAAUUGAUUUACUCUACAGGGAUUAUGGAUAGUGGUGGCGGAAAUUCUGCGAUGAAUGGCGUUGACGAUGUGGUUUAUGUGGCUGUAGGAAAAGAUAUAAAGGAGUGCAAAUUGAAUUUGGUCUAUGCUGCACAGAACUCAGGCGGGAGGAGGAUUUGCAUCCUCCAUAUUCAUGAGCCACCAAAGAUGAUUCGAAUCUCGGGAAAAAAAGUUCCAGCAAGUUCUAUGAAAGAAGAGGAAGUAAAUGCUUGCCGAGAACUUGAAAGGCAGGAUAUUCAUAAGAUUCUUGACGGGUUCCUCCUCCUCUGUCGUGUAGCUGGGGCUCGGGCAGAGAAACUUUAUUUUGAAUCAGACAAAAUUAAGGAGGGACUUGUUAAACUCAUCUCGCUUUGUGGAAUUAGAAAGCUUGUUAUGGGUGCAGCAGCAGAUAAGCAUUAUUCAACAAGAAUGAAGAAAAUCCGGUCUAGGAAAGCUAUGUAUGUUCACCUGAAAGCACCAGCUUUCUGUCAAAUUCAAUUUGUUUGCAAAGGGAUGCUAAUUCGCAUUAGGGAAGCUUGUCCACGAGAAGCUCAUGCAAAUAUCCCACUGCCAUUGCCAUUGCCAUUGCCACAGACACAGAACAUCAUCAAUGGUGCAAGUUGGAGAUCAGUGCAGUCUGGCCAAUCCAAUGGGAGCAGAGGAGACACUCCAUCAAUUGUUCUGGAGACGCGUUCGAUUUCGAAUAGUAUGUUGGAUGCUGGAUCUUGGAGCCCUUUUGAGCAUCCAUAUUCUACAAGUUCUUGUAGUGGGUGUAUAAAUGUCCCAUCUUCAAGGACUGAGGAAGAUGAGUAUGGACUAGGAUUAAAUUUGCCUCUUCAGAUGAAAGAUCUCACUCCUAACUUAUAUUCCCCCAAUUUGUUGGGAUUCGAGCAAGAUGAAAGUGUUGAUGACAGUCUUUAUAUUCGACUUGAACAAGCAAUAACUGAUGCUGCAAAUGCCAAGCGAGAAGCCUUUAAAGAGGCAACGAGGCGAAUAAAAGCUGAAAAAGAACUUGGCGAUGCUAUUCGCAGGGUUAAAGAUUCUGAAGCCUUAUAUGCUGGAGAGUCCAGAGAAAGGAAAGAAAUUGAAGCAGCACUGUCCAAAGAAAGAGGAGAACUUGACAAUGUGAAGAACCAAGUAAAUGAAAUGAUGGAGGAGCUUCAAAUCGCCCGAAACAAGGGACUAAAGUUAGAGAACCAAAUUGCAGAAUCUGAUCUGAUGGUGAAGGAGUUGGAGAAGAAGAUUCUCUCAGCCAUUGAGCUGCUGCAUAAUUACAAAAACGAUCGAGAUGAGUUACUGAGGCAGCGGGACGAAGCACUCAAAGAAGUGGAGGACAUGAGGACUAGACAAGAAGAUGCCACAGGUGAACAUAGCGCUCAAUUAUUCUCUGAGUUCUCAUUCUCAGAAAUUGCAGAAGCAACCAGGAAAUUUGAUCCCUCCCUUAAGAUUGGAGACAGUACACAUGGGAUUAUUUAUAAAGGUCUGCUAUAUAACACUGAGGUUGCCAUAAAAAUGCUUCGUUCUCAUAGCCUGCAGAACCCACUAGCGUUUCGACGCGAGGUUGAUGUGUUGAAUAAGUUGAGACAUCCAAAUAUUAUGACGCUCAUUGGAGCUUGCUCGGAGUCUUGCAUUCUUGUUUAUGACUAUUUCGCCAAUGGAAGCCUAGAAGAUAGGCUAGCCUGCAAGGACAAUUCUUCCCCAUUAUCAUGGAAAACUCGAAUACGCAUUGCCACACAGUUAUGCUCAGCCCUUGUAUUUCUUCACACAAACAAACUCUGCAGGGUUAUUCACUGCGACUUGAAUCCUGCUAAUAUACUACUAGAUGGCAACUACAUUCCCAAACUUGCAGGAUUUGGCAAUUGUCAUUUUUUACCUAACGAUGAAACUACAUCUGUCAGAGCUGACAUAGAGAGCAACCAUGAGUCUCCGCUCACAACAAAGUUGGACGUUUUUUCAUUUGGCAUAGUAUUGUUAAGGUUGUUAACAGGAAAAUCAGACAUGAUGAUAAAAUUAUUACAUGAGGUUCAAUUUGCCAUAGAUGGCCGAAAAUUGAAAGAUGUAUUGGAUCCACGAGCCGGGGACUGGCCGUUCGUGCAAGCCGAACAGUUGGCCCAAUUGGCAUUUAGGUGUUGCAAUACAAAUAGUAUGAAAAGGCCAGACCUUGCGUCUGACGUGUGGAGAGUACUUGAGCCAAUGAGGGCUUCUUGUGGAGUUUCACUAUCAGUAUGCCUAGGCUCUGGGGAGCAACAACUGCAACCUCCUCCUUAUUUCAUAUGCCCCAUUUUUCAAGAAGUCAUGGAGGAUCCUCAUGUGGCAGCCGACGGGUUCACCUACGAGGCGGAGGCAUUGAGAGGAUGGUUGGACAGUGGGCAUGACACUUCGCCAAUGACGAACCUUAGGCUCGACCACCGAAACCUCGUCCCUAACCGUGCUCUUCGUUCUGCAAUUCAGGAAUGGUUGCACCAGCCCCAGUAGUAAGCCCAUUGAUUCAUUUUUGUGUUGGUUUUGUGUUUCUGUUUCCAUAUAGUUAAUCUCUGCCAUUACAGAAGUAGGGGAAAAAGAAAAGGAAGAGAUAGAGUGAAAGAGUGGAAGGGAAACAGUAGAUAUGUAGGUCCUGUUCGGUAAUGAUUUCGUUUUUAGUUUUCUAUUUUUAAAAAUUAUGCUUAUUUCCUCUUAAUUUCCUUGAAAACACAUUUAAAUUCUUACUCAAAUAUCAAAAAAUAAAAUGGGUUGUUAAUACUUACUUUAUUUAGAUUUUGAAAACACUUUUAAAAGAUACAUAACACAGCAAAGAAACAUAUAAGUGGAAGUAGUGUUUAUAAUUAAAAUUUUCAAAAACAGAAAACUAAAAACUAAAUGGUUACCAAACGGGACCGUGAAAAAAUAAACGAGAUAUGGAAAAAGGAAAUGGGGCUGGUAAAGAAUCUGUUUUCCUUUUUGUUUGUGGUGGGUUCCUAAAGUUUGGAGAAUGAAUCUGCUACCAUAUCCUUUUCC